CGCCCAGCUCUGUUUGAGCAGUCUGAGUCCAGCAGCUGGAGAAAUCAAACGUGUCGCCAGGUCAGCCAUGUCAUCUGAGCCUCCCCCGCCGCCACCACAGCCCCCGACACACCAGACUAAUGUUGGGCUACUGGACACUCCUCGGGCCCGGGAUCGCUCUCCAUCCCCGCUGCGAGGCAAUGUGGUCCCUAGCCCUCUGCCCACCCGCAGGACAAGAACUUUCUCCGCGACGGUGCGGGCUUCACAAGGCCCUGUCUACAAAGGAGUCUGUAAAUGCUUCUGCCGGUCCAAGGGCCACGGCUUCAUCACCCCAGCUGAUGGUGGCCCUGACAUCUUCCUACACAUCUCUGAUGUGGAAGGGGAAUAUGUUCCAGUGGAAGGCGACGAGGUCACCUAUAAGAUGUGCUCUAUCCCACCCAAGAAUGAGAAACUGCAGGCCGUAGAGGUGGUCAUCACCCACCUGGCACCAGGCACCAAGCAUGAGACCUGGUCCGGGCAUGUCAUCAGCUCCUAGGACCUGCAAGAACCCCUUCUCCUGGGCUUGAGGGAGACUUUGGGGGGGAGGAGGAGCAGGACACUCUGGAUAUAACAUUCUACCAUGUGAGAUGGGGCCUCAAGGCCAGCAUGGCCCCUUUCAAGCAUUUCCUGGAAGAAGGGAGUUGUGGGCAGGCAGAGGGUGCUCAGCCACCAACACAGCCUCCAGCCAUUGCAACAAGCUCUCACUGUCUGAAAACAUUAAAAGCAUUUGAAAAGGAGAGGGACCUGCUGCUGUGGCUAGGUGGAGAGGGUGCAGUUCCAGCCCAGGGUGGGUAGGCUAAACCUGCUAUUUCCCCAAAUGCCCUGCCCAGGUCAGACAAACCCUAAGUACUCCUCCUGGAACUAGACAAAACCCUGGAUCUAUUUUCCCCGCUGAGGGAUGUCACCAGCCCUAUGAGACUUCCAUGACCCAAUGCCCUGUCUGACUUGGGACCAGGUUAGAUCCAUCUUCUGAUUGCCAGUCUGGCUAGCUCCAGGGAAGCCAGCUUAUGUAUGUGGGGACCUUUUCAGGGGACUUUGCCUCUUGGGGCCUUUACAACAGGUGUGUCUCCACCUUCUGGGAAAGACUUCCAACCCUUAGAAGCUCCUGCUCUCGUCCAGCACUCUUUGACUCAGCACUGAUCCCCACCCCUGGGAAUGCUGGUCUUUUCUACUUGUAGGUGUAAAGUACCCUCUCUCUGUAGCACUGAGUCUAUCAUUAAGCCAGUGCUGACGGGAGCUGUGGGGGUGAGGCAGAGGCCUCUGUAGGACCAGCUGUAGAGAGGGAAGGGUGCCCUGCACUUGGGAGGCUGGAACAGUUCUAGGCCAGCCUAGGCUAGAAUCUUGUCUCCAAACAACAGGGAACAAGGGCUGGGGAUGUAGCUCAGUUGUAGUGCACUCGGCGAGCAUGUGCGGGGCUCUGGGUUCCACUGCAAGCAUAAACCCCAGAACUUGGACUCUGGUGGCCUUUCAUGGUUACGAGUUGAAAGAGAAAUACACCUUUGGUGGGAAAGCAAGGCUUCUUUAAUACAGCUCUGACAAAUACACUGCACCGAGCUACAUUGAGCCACUGCCUGCCAGUUUUUUUUUUUGUUUUUUUGUUUUUUUUUAGGUAGGGACUUGCCAUAUUGCUAUAUAGCCUAGGCUAGCCUCAAACUCUUAGCACCCUUUAUACCUUGGCUUCCUACUUACUGGGAUCAGAGGUGUGCCUUCACACCCUGCUGAUUUCUUUUAUUAAAUAGCUUGAACUCUUCCCCAGAGCCCUGUUUGCCCUGGACUGCAACACUGUAGAUCUGUAGGUGUUUCAAACAAACUGCUCCUUAGACUCUUUUGGUGGUUGGCUAUGGCUUUAGUUGUGAUUUAAAAAUAAUAGUAGUUGGGUAAUGGAGUUUUUAAGUGGGAUUGAGAACUCUUGUCAGAACAGGGGUACCAAUACAGGGGUGACUGGGCCCCCAGUCCAGACCAGAGGCUCCUUUGAUAGCACUGUGUGACCUUAGCACGUCUUCUGCAUUAAUGUAGGUCCAUCCUAAGGGGACAAAGGCUGGAACUCUGAUGACCACUGUGCUUUCAGACAGACAUGGGGGUCAGGGUAAAGUGGAGGAUGUGAGUUCAAUCCCCAGAAAAAGCAGGCUGUGGCAGACACUUAGGUAGUCCCAGAGCUGGGGAGGCUGGGCCAGGCAGAUGCUCAGGGUUGGCAGGUGAGCCAGCCAGUCUAUUUGGAGAGUCUGAGGUCAGUGAGGGACCCUAUUUUUUGUUUAUAAAAGGUGCCUAGCACCUGAGGCAUGGAAACAGGUUGUCCUUGUCCAUUUGCACAAACAAAAACUAAGUGGUUAGCCGUGUGAGGGCCUUGGGCGGCUGGCUCACCUCUACCACCAGUUUAACUAUUUUCUUUGUUGGACUGUUGGCAGACGUUUUUCUACUAGGUCAAAGGUGGCUUUUCCCCCUCUAGGCUUGGCUGACCGCCUAGAGCCUCUCUUGAGGCGCCUCUGUUGGCCAAGGAACAGACUUCCAAAGCCACUCUGCCAGGACCCAGGACGGCUCCCCGAGACUGACAGCCUUCUCCGUCACCCUAUUGUUCCUAGCUUUCACUCUGGUAUGGUUAGGCUUCGGUGGCCCAUGGCUGGCUGGCUAGCGGGCCCUGCCACCAACUGAGCUGCCAGCUACUUCUACUGGCAGGAUGGCCUCUGGAUUCUUUUGCCUCUGGGCUGUUUUGGAACUGCAGGGCAUUGGUAUCAGAAAAGACUCUUCAGACAGGGAGUGUCAACAGAUCAGAAGGGACACAGUGCUAGUGACCGGGCAGGAGCGAACAGAUUCCCAAAUCCAGAUGUUUGACCCCCUCAGCCACCUCUUUCUCAAUAAAGUUUGUUUUGUGCAACAAAA